UCCUCGCUGGCACCUUGUGGGUCAUCCAGCAGACAGAAUUCGGCCAUCCCUACAUCGUUUACGCCGCUAGCAUUCGGGUAAGACUCUGUAGGGUCUCUCGUACGAUUCGCGAAGGCAUGGCUGACUCAGCGCAACCCCCGUCGAAUUCCGGAGUGACGAGCUUUGAAGCUCCUCAGGCAGAGGAUCGGCAGAAAGGGGCGACGGUCCAUGUCCCGGAAGUGGAGGACGGAAGCGUUCGAGCUGAUGAGCAAACUAACGACAAGAAAGAGGGGUUCUCAGAACUGGAAGUUGUUGCGGAGAGCACAGUAGAAGUCGGUUUGGAAAGCAAGCAGCCGAGCACAUCCGCAUCCUCUUCUAAGUCAAGCUCAGGCGAAGGGAAGAACAAAUCUCAGGGGAAGGGAGGGAGGCUGGCGCUGGAACAAAUACGGCGUGUCGUUGACGAUCCUGAAGUACCUGCGGAUGAAAAGAUCAAGAUAUUGCAUUCCAAAAUUAUGGCGCAGGUAAGCGGAGCUUGACUAGUUCCAUAUCGUUUUGUUUGUUCUCACCAUCUGGCUUUUCCCAUUGCAGGCGCGAGAGGCCAAGGCUGGCGAUAAGGAGAGCGUAGCUUUGCAAAAGAAGAUAGAUCAGCUGAUAAAGGAACGCGACUCUGUGAUGGCCGAAUUGAGGAAGUCUGUUACACUUAGAGGCAAAUUGGAGACAUUGUGCCGUGAACUCCAGAAGCAGAACAAGACUAUCCUGGAAGAAAGUAAGAAGGCUGCAAACGAGCAGCAGCAGAAACGAGAAGAACUAUCAUCCAAAUUUCUUGACUCCAUCAAGGACAUUGAAACCAGGUUGGAGGAACAGGGAGCUGAAAGAUCAAGCCACCUCAAGGAAAAUCAGAUUCUUGCAGAGCAACUUAAGAAGAUACAAGAGCACGCGGAUGUCAAGGAGAAGUACUGGGCUCAUCUUAUCAAGACAAAGGACCUUGAGUACCAGCUUCUGGAUGCGAAAUACAAGCAGCAAGAGAAGCUGAUGGUUGAAGAACGGGCUCUGAGCAAGGCAAGAGGCGAACAGGUCAAGGAACUACUGAAGACAGAAAAAGACCUGAGAGGCCAGUUGUCGUUGUACAUUGAGAAGUUUGAUCAAUUUCAGGGUACUCUAUCUAAGAGCAAUGAAGUCCUCAGCACAAUGAAGAAGGAAAUGGACAAGAUGACCAAGCGAAUGAAGAAACUGGAGAAAGACAAUUCAGAUCUACGGACGAAGUCUGAAAAAUCUGACGUUUCCCUGAUUGAGCUUCUUGAUGAGCGCGCAGCACAGCGCAAGCAGCUUGACACAGUGCAGGCUCAGAAGCAGAAGCUGGAAGGGCUGUGCCGAUCGCUGCAGGCUGAAAGGAAGAAGUGGCUUGAACAGGCCCAGGAACAGCAGCGGCAAGCACAGGAGAAUGUCAAUGUGCAGGAAAGCAUGGCCGAUGCUGCCGAAGAAACGGACCGUAGAUCAUCAGAUGGAGCUACAGCAGAAUUGCCAGCUAGUGAACUUGGCAAGAGCAACAGCACUGACGCACAGCAGGCAGCUGCAGAUAUUCAGCCUCCAAUCGUUGAGGAAACUGGUGCGGCCGUAUCCACAUGAUCGCUGCCAUUUUUGGAGGGCCAAUACGGUAUGGAUGAAGGGUCAUACCUUGCUGCUGAACCAUGCAGAUGGAUCAACACAAGCUGGUGACCCAGCACAAGAAUUUUUGUACUUUCAUUCAACCUUAUCUGGUUGGCAACAGACUCUUAUUUGCUCAGGGUAGUGAAGGGCAAGUGUGUUCAAAUCAUUGGCAUUGGAUUGGACCUCAGUAC